AUGACCCAUUUACAAGCUGGACUUAGUCCAGAGACUAUAGAGAAAGCCCGCCUGGAACUGAAUGAAAACCCAGACAUUUUGCAUCAGGAUAUCCAGCAAGUCAGGGACAUGAUCAUCACAAGGCCUGACAUUGGGUUUUUACGUACAGAUGAUGCCUUCAUCUUGAGAUUUCUCCGAGCCAGAAAGUUUCACCAAACUGAGGCCUUCAGACUGCUGGCUCAGUACUUCCAGUACCGCCAAUUAAAUCUGGAUAUGUUCAAAAACUUCAAGGCUGAUGAUCCAGGAAUCAAACGGGCUCUGACAGAUGGGUUCCCGGGAGUACUGGAAAAUCGUGACCACUGUGGCAGGAAGAUUCUUCUGCUUUUUGCAGCCAACUGGGAUCAGAGUAGGAAUUCCUUCAUAGAUAUCCUUCGGGCUAUCCUACUGUCCUUGGAAGUGCUCAUCGAAGAUCAGGAACUUCAGAUAAAUGGCUUCAUUCUAAUUAUAGAUUGGAGCAACUUCUCCUUCAAGCAAGCCUCCAAGCUUACGCCGUCUAUCCUCAAACUGGCCAUUGAAGGGUUACAGGACAGCUUUCCUGCCCGUUUUGGAGGAGUCCAUUUUGUCAACCAGCCCUGGUACAUCCAUGCCCUGUACACACUUAUCAAACCGUUCCUCAAAGACAAGACAAGGAAAAGGAUCUUUCUUCAUGGUAACAACCUGAACAGCCUUCACCAGCUAAUACACCCUGAAUGCCUGCCCUCUGAAUUCGGGGGGACUCUUCCUCCAUACGACAUGGGGACGUGGGCUCGAACAUUACUCGGUCCCGACUACAGCGACGAAAACGAGUACACCCACACCUCCUACAACGCCAUGCACGUGAAGCAUGCGUCCUCCAACCUGGAGCGGGAGGCCUCGCCCAAACCCAUGAAAAGGUCCCAGUCUGUGGUGGAAGCUGGCACGCUGAAACACGAGGACCAGGGGGAAAGCGAGAACACCCAACCACUGCUGGCUCUGGACUGA